AUGGAUUUAAUUUUAGAUAAAACCUCAACCCAAGGAGCACUAUGGUUGGGAAAUCUAAAAGCAGCUCAAAAUAUUAAAUAAUUAAAAGAAAAUAACAUCCAGACAGUCAUAACUGUGGCAAAUAAUAUUUUAGUAAAUUUUAAAAACUCUCUAAACAUCUCUCACAAAAUUUAUAGAGUUGAAGAUACAGAAAAAGCACAAAUAAUAGAUUAUUUCGAUGAAAUUAUCAAGGAAAUAUCGACUGGGUUAAACUCUGGUUCCGUUUUGGUACAUUGUGCUGCAGGCAUUUCAAGGUCCAGUGCAUGUGUGAUUGCAUAUCUCAUGAAAACUAAUAAAUGGCCAUACGAAAAAACCUUUUAUUUUGUGAAGGAGAAGAGAUUAGCAAUCAAUCCAAAUCCUGGUUUCAAGAAAUAACUUAUAUAGUAUAGUAAGAAUCUGUAAUCAAACACUUAACAAUUAAAUCUCGACCUCAAAGAAUCUAAAGAUUUAAAUGAUAUGAAUCCCUUUACUUCAGGCUAUUCGAAUUCUUGGGGAAAACUGAAGAAGAAAAAUUUUUCAAACCCUCAUGAAUUGGUGAAUUAACUCUCUUAAAACUUAGUUAAAUCUCCACUUAAAAAAAUCGAUUAAUUAAAUCAUACAUCAACAUCCGAAGAAAGAUAGAUCUAUCGAUAAUUAUUAGCGAAAAAACUAUUUGUUAAUACAUUUUCAACUAAAAACUCUGUUUCAAUUACAAAUUAUCAAAGUGAACAGUCUGUUGAGCAAAAGAAAACAACUACUGAAAAACAACCUAUAAGAAUCAAAGCUCUUUUAAGCAUGUACAAGAGAAUUGAAUAUAAUAUCUUAGAAUCGGAAAGAACGAAAACUUGA